AGAAGGCCCGGCGAAGCAAAGACUCCAGCAACGCCUAAAGUGUUUCAAAACCAUUUUAUCAGCUGACCGACACGUUUGGCCUCCUGUCGGUGAGUCUUCACUGCCUUUUUAUUUCACCUCCGUGGAUAGAACUGGAUGGAAAAACGGGUAAACGACACAUGCAGGGAAAGCGUAAAGUCUUCACGAGGUGUUGGAGUAGAUUUGACCGUGCCGGUGAAGGAGGACGUCUCUGGUCCAGAUGAAGUGUCUGUUGAUAGCCAGCGAGAGCGCCGAGGUCCUCUUCCACUGGAGUGACCGGGAGUAUCGGCUCAGUAUCCAGGAGAAGUAUGGCGCGUCUCAGGAGGAAGGCCAGGGGCUGCCUGCCUUUGAGGACAUCUUGAGCACGUUGUUUGCUCCGAUCAUCAUCUCCUGCAGCACCUUGGAGGACAGCUACACCUCCUUCACCACCGAGAACAACCACAUCUACGUCCUGCACCAGUUUGACGAGUGCCUCUACAUCGCCGUGAACGGGGACGGCGAGGAAAAAGAGGACGACCUGAGGAGGAAGCUGUACGUGCUGAAGAAGAUGAUCGAGGUCAUGUUCGGCAUGGUCACGCUCAGCGGGAACCUCCUGAGGAGAGAGCUGCGGCCCCAGGACACGGAGCAGAGAACCAGACUCUGGACGUACCUGCAGGGCCUGCUGGACACCUACAGCGUCCUCCGUGAGAACGACCAGAGCUUCUUGGUGGAGGCAGUGGAGAGGUUAAUUCACCCCCAACUCUGUGAGCUGUGCAUUGAGUUCCUGGAGCGCCGUUUGGUGCAGCAGCUCAACAGCAGCGUGGAGCGAGCAGGAGAGGAGGUUCUGCACGCCUUCGUCCUGGUCCACACCAAGCUGCUCGCUUUCUACUCCAGCCGCAACGCGAGCAUCCUCACCCCCUCAGACCUGCUGGCCCUCAUCGUCAUGGCACAGAACAUGUAUCCCAGCCACAUAGAGCUGGACGACACCAGUCCGGAGGAUGUCGAGAGCACGUCCGGUUCUGGACCUGAGAGUUUUUACACCCCGGAACCGUCCCCGUCCAGUAGAGGGUCCAGUGGCUCAGAGAAAGCCGGCCGAGGAGAAACUCCUGUGUUUGAGUUUGUGGACCCAGAAAUCCAGAUGGCAGAGGACAGCUUGCACACUUUGGAAAUCAACCCACCGGACUCUGCGAGCCCUCGAAGGGUUUUCCUUGAGGUUUCCCACAAAGACGGGCUGUAUCCCAUGAUCCCCCACUCCAUGUACUGCCUCUCACUGUGGCCGGGCAUCACGCUGGUGCUUCUCACUAAGAUUCCCACCAGCUCCGUGGCCAUGUCAGUGUAUAAGUACCUGGAGGACUUUGACAAGCUGGAGAAGCGUUUACAUGAGGGCCAUGGAGGUCCCGCCUCAGCCAGAAGUCCUCUGAACAUGCAAGACAUCCGCACCAAAAUGGACAAAUUCAUCAAAGCGUUGGGGCCCAGUGACUUACAGUCUGCGCAGUUACAAAAAGUCUGGACAGAGUUUAAGAACCGAGCUUUUGCCAAAGGAGGGCCUGGCUUCAGCAAAGAGCUCAUCCCUUGGUGUAAGAACAUGAAGACCCAGCUGUGUGGCGUUUACAGACAGUGUUUUCUGAUUGAUUCUGUGUCGGCGGAUGUUUCUCAGCGUCUCUCCUCCGGUCUGCAGGAACGAGCCCAGACUAUGGUUCGAGAGAAACUGAUGGACUGGAAGGACUUCCUGUUGGUUAAAAGCAAGAGGAACAUAACCAUGGUGUCUUACCUGGAGGAUUUCCCGGGCCUCGUCCAUUUUAUCUGCGUGGACCGAUCAACCGGCCAAAUGAUUGCCCCGUCACUCAGCAUCACGGAGCGCACCACGUCGGAGCUGGGGAAGGGACCCGUGGCUAAUUAUAUUAAAAACAAGGUGUGGGCCCUGGUCAGGACAACCCGCCGCUACCUUCAGAAGGGUUAUUCCACCGUCACACUGCGUGAUGGAGAUUUCUACUUCUGCUACUUCCUCUGGUUUGAGAACGAAACCGGGUACAAGUUACAGCCAGUGGACAUACCAGUGCUGCCUGAUGACUCUCCACCCAUCGGGAUGCUUGCCUGCGACUACUACAAGAGGCUGCUGCGGUACUACAGCAAGAACCACAAGGGGGAGACGGUGAAGUGCUACGAGCUGCUGACCGUCCACCUGGGGGUCAUCCCCACAGAGAUCAUCCUGCAGCACUGCAGGCAGCUCGCCAGCAAGCUGUGGGAGCCCUCGCGCAAUCUGCUGCUGUAAGGAGGAGCAUCGCUCAGCUGUUUCAUCAGGAACCAGGAGGAGGAGAAGCCCCCACAUAUCUGCCUCACAGUGUCCCGCUGUCUCUUUUCAAGGGGCUUAAAAUAAUUUAUAAAAAAAAAAAAAAACAACACAUUUUUCAGUCGGCAGAAUCAACCACGACUGUGAGCUUACACAGCAGAGGGUGGCUCCAGUCGACCCCACCGUUUGCAUUUGUUUCCUAUUUAUUAGUCAUGCACAUGUAAAGAAACUUUUUGUUUUUACUAUUUUAAAGUUUGCAGCGUUUGUAUUUUACAGACGAGCACACUUUAUAUUUUUACCUUCAAUGUGACUUUUAUAAAUGAACAAUGCGACAAGUAAUUGCUGCAUAAGAACUGGCGCAUCCCUUUCUUUCGUCCCUGCUUCCGCUCAAACAUCACAGCUCCUCGAUGCAGUCGAAGCCGUCAUGAAGACGUGAGUUUGUAGCAACCGCCGCCGACUGGCACCACUUAGACAUUCCUCCUGCAUCCAACCGGUUGUUUCCCAUCAGGUGCCGUACAAUCCUGCAAAAGAAGCACCCUGGCAGACAGAGAGAACUGCUCUGUCUCACGUGUUUAUCUCAGGGCUUUUCAGCAAAAGUAACAGAAUAUGGAUGUUUUUUAAUUUUCAAUAAAAACGAUCUUUCUG